AUGUCGAUCUAUGAAAAAGUCGAAACAUUUUUAUCUCCUUAUUAUUCAAAAGAAACAAUUAUACAUGAAAAUAAACCAUUCGUUACAUUGACAUAUGCACAAAGUUUAGAUGGGAAAAUUUCUGGGAAAGGUGGUAAACAACUUAUUUUAAGUUGUAAAGAAUCAAUGAUAAUGACUCAUAGAAUGAGAACUCUUCAUGAUGGAAUUAUGGUUGGCAUUGGUACUAUAUUAAACGAUAAUCCAAGAUUAACAGGUGAAUAUUUUCUUUAUGAUUUACCCAAUUACCUUUCUAAUUAUUUCGUUGAAUUUUUAGCGAGAUUAUUGGAAACUGAGAUAGAAUUAACAGUCAAUCAACCUCAACCUAUAAUUUUGGAUUCAAGAUUGCGAUUUCCUCUAUCGGCUAAAUUGUUAACAUCUAACGAAUGUAAAUCACCUUGGAUAUUUACAAGUCAUAAUUGCGACAAUGAUAAACGAAAGUUAUUAGAACAAGCAGGAGCUAAAGUUAUUUCUAUAGAUUCGGAUCAAAAUGGACAACUUUCUCUUUUGCAUUUAUUGUCGAUAUUACAUUCUCCACCUUUCUCAAUUAAACGUCUUAUGGUAGAAGGUGGUGCAAGAAUUAUACAAUCUUUUUUAAAAAGUGAAUUACCAAACUUAUUGAUUAUAACUAUUGCUCCCGUAUUCGUUGGACCAAAUGCAAUAUCUUGUAUCGGUGACAAAAUAUCUAUAGAGGAAGAUGAAGAUAAGAUUCCAAAUUUGAAAAAUGUAAAAUAUGAGCAAUUAGGCAGAGAUAUUAUCAUGGUAGCGAAUAUUUAA